AUGCAGCCAAUCGUUGCCGUCGUCUGCGAUGUCCGGCAGUUCGACACCUAUACCUGGCACGCAACGCCGGAGACCUAUCUGAAGGCGGCGCUCGAGGUGGCCGGCGUGCUGCCGCUGAUGGUGCCGGCCUUCGGCGAGCGGAUCGACAUUGACGGGCUGCUGAGCCGCGUCGACGGCGUGAUGCUGUCGGGCUCGAAGUCGAACGUUCAUCCGGGCCUUUACGGCGCCGAGCCGGGACCGGCCUACGAGCCAUACGAUCCGGCGCGCGAUGCGACCAGCCUGCCGCUGGCGCGGGCGGCGGUGGAGACGGGCGUGCCGUUGCUUGCCAUCUGCCGGGGGCUGCAGGAGCUGAACGUGGCGCUCGGCGGGACGCUCGCGACCGAGAUCCAGGAGCUGGACGGCCGCAGGGACCAUCGCGCACCGCAGCAAGAGGAUCACGACGAGCGCUUUGCCAUCGUCCACGAUGUGGCGCCCAGGACGGGCGGAUGUCUGGCGUCCAUCGUCGGCGGCGGUCCGGUGCCGGUCAAUUCGCUGCACCGGCAGGCGAUCAGCGCGCUGGCGCCGCGGCUUCAGGCGGAGGCGGUCGCAGAGGAUGGCACGAUCGAGGCGGUUUCGGUGAUCGACGCACCCGGCUUUGCGCUCGGGGUGCAGUGGCACCCGGAAUAUUGGGCGAAGUCCGACACGCCCUCGCGGCGGCUGUUCGAGGCGUUCGGCGAAGCGGCCCGCGUCCAUGCGGGCGGGCGGCUGGCGGCGGCUCAGUAG